CUGCCCGGAUUCCUGACAUGGUGUAGGGCGGACCGGCUGGGGAAGCGACCGGAGGACUCGCGCUCCGCCCGCCUGCGGCCGCCCCGCGUGCCGGGCUUGGGACUCCGAGGGGAGCUGAAGCGGAACGUGGGGAAGCCGGCGCCCGCGCCUCGCCGCCCCGCAGUGUAAACGAACUUGUACGGAUCAGUUUGCUAAGUCCAUUCAACAUUGAAAGAGCUGGAAAAAAAAUCAAUAUUUAAUUUGCGGCUUUUAAAAACAUCUCGGGUGGAGUUUGCCCUUGACGCCUAAGAAAAUGAUGAGUGACGCAAGUGACAUGUUGGCGGCGGCGCUGGAGCAGAUGGAUGGCAUCAUAGCAGGUUCUAAGGCGCUGGAGUAUUCCAAUGGGCUCUUUGAUUGCCAGUCUCCCACGUCUCCGUUCAUGGGAAGCCUGCGUGCGCUGCACCUCGUGGAGGACCUGCGUGGGCUGCUGGAGGUGAUGGAGACGGAUGAGAAGGAAGGCCUCAGGUGCCAGGUGCCGGACUCCACGGCGGAGACACUGGUCGCCUGGCUGCAGAGCCACCUGACGAACGGACACCUCCCUGGGAACGGAGACGUGUAUCAAGAGAGGCUGGCACGCUUGGAAAAUGAUAAAGAGUCGCUCGUUCUCCAGGUGAGUGUGUUAACAGACCAGGUGGAGGCCCAGGGAGAGAAGAUUCGAGACCUGGAGUUCUGCCUGGAGGAGCACAGGGAGAAACUGAACGCCACGGAGGAGAUGCUGCAGCAGGAGCUCCUGAGUAGGACGUCCUUGGAGACUCAGAAGCUGGAUCUCAUGGCGGAAAUUUCCAACUUGAAGUUGAAGCUGACGGCCGUAGAGAAGGACAGACUGGAUUACGAAGACAGAUUCAGAGACACAGAAGGGCUGGUGCAGGAGAUCAGUGACCUGAGGUUGAAGGUCACUGAGAUGGACAACGAAAAACUUCAGUAUGAAAAGAAGCUCAAGUCCACCAAAGAGGAGCUGGCGUCUUUGAAAGAGCAGCUGGAAGAGAAGGAAUGUGAGGUCAGAAGGCUGCAGGAGAAGCUGGUCUGCAGGAUGAGAGGAGAGGGGGUGGAGAUUCUGGACAGAGAUGAAAAUUUUAAAAAGAAGCUCAAAGAAAAAAAUAUUGAAGUCCAAAAAAUGAAAAAGGCCGUGGAGUCUCUGAUGGCAGCGAAUGAAGAAAAGGAUCGGAAAAUAGAAGAUCUUCGGCAGUGCCUAAACAGGUACAAGAAAAUGCAAGACCCGGUGGGACCGGCCCAGGGUAAGCAAGGCAAAGAUGGUGACUAUGACGACCUGCUCCAUUCCAGUUCCGUCUCUACGCUGCUGGACGCUCAGGGCUUCAGUGAUGUGGAGAAAAGCCCCUCGCCCACCCCUGGGAUGGGGUCUCCCAGUUGCGACCCAUUUAACACAAGUGUUCCAGAAGAGUUCCACACCAGCACCUUGCAAGUUACAAUUCCUUCAUUACUGCCAGCACCUGUAAGCAUGGAAACUUCCGAAAAAGUCAAGUUGCCUUCCAAGCCGGAAGCUUCAUUCGAAGAGAACGAUGGGGAAAUAACCCUUGGCAAUGCUGCUGAAACCCAACUGUCUGAUGGUCUUCUAACUUCGAGUCUGCAAAAGUCCAGCAGCCUGGGCAAUCUGAAGAAAGAGACAGCAGAAGGGGAGAAGGAGUCCCUUUCAAAGCCAUCUGAGGAGCCAGCCCCAGGGGACAGCAGCCCUGUGGCGACCCUGCCGCCCCCAACCCGGCGACACGAGGCCUCCGCCGACGACAACCCGUUCGGCACUCGGAAAGCCAGGUCUUCCUUCGGCCGGGGCUUCUUUAAGAUCAAAAGCGGCAAGAGGACGGCGAGCGCGCCGAACCUGGACCGUAAUCGAAGUGCCAGUGCACCCACCCUAGCUGAGACAGAAAAGGAGGCAUCCGAGCACCUGGAUCUGGCUGGUACAUCUUCUCGGCCAAAAGAUUCGCAGGGGCACAGUCCCUUCCAGAUCUCUCCCCCAUCUCCAGAUUCCAAAAAGAAAUCCAGAGGUAUCAUGAAACUGUUUGGAAAACUUCGGAGAAGUCAGUCCACUACAUUCAACCCAGAUGACAUGUGUGAGCCUGAAUUCAAAAGAGGAGGGACAAGGGCAACAGCGGGGCCCCGACUGGGUUGGUCUCGAGAUUUGGGACAGUCUAACAGUGACUUGGAUAUGCCAUUUGCCAAGUGGACCAAGGAGCAGGUGUGCAACUGGCUUGUGGAACAGGGCUUGGGAUCCUACCUGAAUUCUGGCAAGCACUGGAUUGCAUCUGGCCAAACACUUCUGCAAGCUUCUCAGCAAGAUCUAGAAAAGGAACUUGGGAUCAAGCAUUCACUUCAUCGAAAGAAGCUGCAGCUGGCUCUGCAAGCCCUGGGAUCCGAGGAAGAAACCAACCACGGAAAGCUGGAUUUCAACUGGGUCACUAGAUGGCUGGAUGAUAUCGGCCUCCCCCAGUACAAGACCCAGUUUGAUGAAGGACUGGUUGAUGGUCGGAUGCUACAUUACAUGACCGUUGAUGACUUGCUGUCGUUGAAGGUUGUGAGCCUGCUCCACCACCUCAGCAUCAAAAGGGCCAUCCAGGUCCUGCGCAUCAACAACUUCGAACCCAACUGCCUGCGGAGGCGGCCCUCGGACGAGAACAGCAUCACCCCCUCCGAGGUUCAGCAGUGGACCAACCAUCGCGUGAUGGAGUGGCUGCGCUCCGUGGACCUGGCGGAGUACGCCCCCAAUCUCAGAGGCAGCGGCGUCCACGGCGGGCUCAUGGUGCUCGAGCCGCGUUUCAACGUGGAAACCAUGGCUCAGUUACUGAACAUCCCACCCAACAAGACCCUGCUGCGCAGGCACCUGGCCACCCACUUCAACCUUCUGAUCGGCGCCGAGGCGCAGCACCAGAAGCGAGACGCCAUGGAGCUGCCGGACUACGUCCUGCUCACGGCCACUGCCAAAGUGAAGCCAAAGAAACUUACCUUCAGCAAUUUUGGGAACCUGAGAAAGAAGAAGCAGGAAGAUGGGGAAGAAUAUGUUUGUCCGAUGGAGUUGGGACAGGUGUCAGGAAGUGCAUCCAAGAAAGGAUUUAAACCUGGUCUCGACAUGCGUCUCUACGACGAGGACGACCUGGACCGGCUAGAGCAGAUGGAAGAUUCCGAAGGGACGGUCAGACAGAUAGGCGCCUUCUCCGAGGGCAUCAACAACCUGACGCACAUGCUCAAGGAGGAUGACAUGUUCAAAGAUUUCGCCGCCUGCUCCCCGAGCACCAGCAUCACGGACGAAGACUCCAACGUCUGACCGUGGCGUGGGAGCCCUCAGCCUCGCGCCCACCUUAGCCCUCGCACGCUCUCAGUGCACGCAGCAAGCGGCAGCAUCUGCGUGCUCGAUCGUUCAGCCGCUGCCCCUCGGGAAGAGGACGUGGAAAGUGGGGGAGACGCACCUGUCCUGGCGUUAGCGCACCAACGAGAGGGGCACCACCGGUGAAUGGGCGUCUGCUUGCUUUGCCCCUAUUUAAUGUAAAAACCUGUGAUUUAUUAUAUUUAAGGCGUUGCAUUUGCGCUGCGGAUUUUGCCAUGGCAUUUCCACUCAUACCCCCCGGGACACAGGGUCUGUGAAGCAGUGACCGGGACGUGGGCCCUUUCGUCACAUCCCAGGAUUUUGCUGUAGCCAACCGAACAGGACGCGCUGUGCCCACCAACUCCACUGUGGAAUCUCUUCAAGCAGUCGGCGUGCCCGCCAGAUGCCAGCCACACCUCCACUUGCCUCUUUUUGUCUUAUUUUUUAUAUAUUUUUCUAAAUAUCUGUGUAUAUAUACAGCACAUAGAAAAAUAGAAGUUUUAUUUUGUGACAUAAGGAAGAUGGUGAUAAGAUCACAUUUUAAAGCAAAAACAGAAACAAACAAAAAAAAAAUAGCAUCCACAUGUUCCUAUUCCAGCUGGUUUCAGAGAGAUCCGAAUGCUCUUUCGGCACAACCGAAUUUUAACCAACUUGAUCCAUCAGGCUUAUAUAUAAAGUAUUUUAUAUAGAGAUGCAUGUAUAAAAAGUAUUUUCUAUAUCUAAAUGCGUAUAUAUAAAGUGGCCCUCGUCUGACACAGCAGGACGGUGUGGAACAGCUGAGGAGCAUCAUGCUGAACCUGGGAUCCUUUUACCUCCUGAGGAGGAAAGCAAGGGAGAUGAUGCACUAUUAACUUCAGCGCAUUCAGAAUCACUCUCCCUCCCCACCCCGCCCCCGACAAGAUGUGUAGAAAUAA